UUCAUUCAUCCUCAGUAGUCAUGGCCAACUCCAAAACAACGAUGCUGGUAUUGGUGGUGGCAGCGCCCGUGGCAGUGGCACUUCUUCUGUAUAGACUAGCUGAGUUUGACCCGGCGUCGCUUCCUGAGCAUGUAUUGUAUCGAUCACCGCCCGUUGUGCCAUCGAAGCGAUAUGGCCGAAUACUAGAAUCGGCGGAGCGAGUCGGGGAGGGGCUCUUACCAGGGCCCGAAGACCUUGCAUACGACUCGGAGACAGGGCACAUAUACACUGGUUGCAGCGAUGGUUGGAUUAAGCGUCUUCACGUGGCAGACUCGGCUGAGGAGAAGGAGACGGCGAAAACCCAGGUGGAGGUCGAAAACUGGGCUUUCACCGGUGGUCGACCGCUCGGUCUGGCUUUCGGACCCGACAAGCAACUCAUCGUCGCCGAUGCUUACAAGGGACUCUUAAGAGUGAGUAGAGAUGGAGCAGCCGUGGAACUGUUAACAGAUGAGGUUGAGGGAUUGAAAUUCAAGCUAACUGACGGUGUUGAUGUGGGGAGAGAUGGAGUGAUAUACUUCACGGACGCAUCUUAUAAGUACGGUAUGGAAGAGCACAAUGAGGAAGUCCUUGAAGGUAGCCCCUACGGUAGGCUGAUGAGCUACGAUCCGUCCAUCAAUGAGACCCGAGUGCUGGUGCGACACCUCUACUUCGCCAAUGGGGUUGCCCUCUCACCCGAUCAGGAUUUCCUCAUCUUCUGCGAAACAAUUGUGCGAAGAUGUAGCAAAUAUCACAUCCAAGGUGAGAAGCGAGGAACCAUGGAGACCUUCAUUGAUAAUUUGCCUGGUUUCCCAGAUAACAUCCGCUACGACGGAGAGGGCUGCUUUUGGAUCGCAUUAACCUCGGAAAAGACGAGCUUCGGGGAUGCAAUGAUGAGAUAUCCUAAACUACGGAAGACGGUGUGGAUGUUGGGAAAAGUGGUGAGACUCCCACGUAGGCUGAGUAAUGGGGGAGUGAUGGGCGUCAAUUUGGAAGGAGAAGCCAUUUCACUCUAUUCUGAACCAGGGUUGUUCUUAGUCACUGGUGGCAUCAAGAUUCGGAACCAACUAUACAUAGCUUAUCUUACCAACAACUACAUCACCCGUGUUCAUCUCAACAAACUUGUAUAA